UCUGCUGAUGACACAGGGAUUGUUUGGAUUCAGCCCUCCGCCUUCUCCUCAGGGCUCUGCCUCUCUCGCUGCGCUCAUUCCACCAACACGGGUGAUUUUAUCUUUUUUUAACCUUCAGUUUGAAUGAGCCCACCUCUGCUUCCCCACUUUCUCUGUGACACAUGGUUAAAAUCUGUUCUUCUCCUCUUUAGGGGAUAAACUGGACAAACAGGGUGCGUCGUUGUGCUUGGUUUUUCAUCUCAAAGCCGUUGGAUGCAGCUCAUGUGAAGCAGCGUUGGGCUGAAGAGGAGGGAGACAACAGGGACAUUUGGGAAAAGAGGAGGGAGAGGGAGCCAUGAGUGUGCAAAAGGAGGACGUGGAAAAGUUCCUCAAUGGAAAUCCUGCAUUUGCGAAGCAGUACUUUGCCAAGAAGAUGAGCCCAGCCUCCAUUUCAAAGGCGUCGGGACUCGCAGAGAAACAGAUCGACUUCGGCCAGCUCCAGGAGCUCAGUCAGGUCGAGGAAAGCCAAAUAAUGUACGAACUGAUCAAAGACAUGCAGGAGAACAUCAACGUGGAAAAGGUGGUCUUCAAGAUCCUGAAGAGAAUCAGCAUGCUCAUCCACGCCGACCGGUGCAGUUUGUUCAUGUACCGGCAGCGGAACGGCAUCGGGGAGCUGGCCACCCGGCUCUUCAACGUCCACGCCACGGCCGAGCUGGAGGACUGUGUGGUGCCGCCGGACUCCGAGAUCGUCUAUCCGCUGGACAUGGGAGUAGUCGGCCACGUGGCCCAGACCAAGAAGAAUGUUAACGUGAAAAAUGUCAAAGAGAACGAGCACUUCAGCUCGUUUGUCGACGACCUCACAGAAUACGAGACCAGGAACAUUCUGGCCACACCCAUCCUCAACGGUAAGGACAUGGUGGCUGUGAUCAUGGCUCUGAACAAAACCACUGGACCACAUUUCACUGCCGAGGACGAAGACCUUUUCUUAAAGUAUCUGAAAGUUGCCUCUUUGAACUUGAAGAUCUACCAUCUGAGUUACCUGCACAGCUGUGAGACACGUAAAGGACAGCUGCUGCUCUGGUCGGCCAACAAGGUGUUUGAGGAGCUCACAGACAUUGAGCGACAGUUUCACAAAGCCUUGUACACAGUCCGAGCCUACCUCAACUGUGACCGCUACUCCGUGGGCUUACUGGACAUGACAAAGGAGAAGGAGUUCUUUGACAUCUGGCCUGUGUUGAUGGGCGAGCAGCCACCGUACUCUGGUCCUAUAACUCCAGAUGGCAGGGAAGUAAUUUUCUACAAAGUGAUUGAUUAUAUAUUACACGGAAAAGAAGACAUCAAAGUAAUACCGAGCCCACCAGCAGAUCACUGGGCCUUGAGUAGCGGGCUGCCAACCUAUGUUGCUGAGAGCGGAUUUAUUUGUAACAUUAUGAACACAGCCGCUGAUGAGACGUUUAAGUUUCAGACUGAGCCUCUUGACAGCAGUGGCUGGACCAUAAAAAACGUUCUCUCACUGCCAAUUGUCAACAAAAAAGAAGAGAUAGUGGGUGUGGCCACGUUUUACAACAGAAAAGAUGGAAAGCCUUUUGAUGAUCAGGAUGAGCAGCUCAUGGAGGCUUUGACCCAGUUCCUGGGCUGGUCGGUGUUGAACACGGACACUUACGACAAAAUGAACAAGCUGGAGAACCGGAAAGAAAUCGCUCAGGACAUGGUGCUGUACCAUGUCAAAUGUCGGGAUGAUGAGAUUCAGAACGUCCUGAACACCCGAGAGCUCUACAGCUGUGAACCUGCAGCGUGUGAAGAGGAUGAGCUCCUUGCCAUUCUGAAAAAAGAACUACCUCCGAUGAUCAACAAGUUCGAGGUCUACCAGUUCCACUUCUCGGAUUUUAACUGCACAGAGAUGGAGCUGGUGAAGUGCGCGAUCCAGAUGUACUAUGAGGUCGGGGUGGUCAAGAAGUUCCAGGUCCCUCAAGAGGUGCUGGUUCGGUUCCUGUACUCUGUCAGUAAAGGCUACAGACGAAUCACCUACCACAACUGGCGUCACGGCUUCAACGUUGGACAGACCAUGUUUACACUGUUAACGACGGGAAAGCUGAAGCGGUACUACACUGACCUGGAGGUGAUGGCCAUGAUAACCGCAGGCUUCCUGCAUGAUAUCGAUCACAGAGGGACAAACAACUUGUACCAAGUCAAAUCUGGGAACCCUAUGGCCAAGCUCCAUGGCUCCUCCAUCCUGGAACGGCACCAUCUAGAGUUUGGAAAGUUCCUUUUGAAUGAUGACUCACUGAACAUCUACCAGAACCUCCACAGGCGACAGGUGGACCAUGUCAUUCAUCUCAUGGACAUCGCCAUCAUCGCCACGGACCUGGCUCUUUAUUUCAAGAAAAGAACCAUGUUCCAGAAGAUCGUGGACCUUUCCCACACGUAUGAGGACGAGAAGAAGUGGGUCGACUUCAUGUCUCUAGAAACCACCAGGAAAGAGAUCCUCAUGGCCAUGAUGAUGACCGCAUGUGACUUGUCCGCCAUCACGAAGCCUUGGGAGGUGCAGAGCAAGGUUGCCUUGUCUGUAGCUGCAGAGUUUUGGGAGCAGGGUGACCUGGAGAGGACGGUACUAGAACAGCAACCCAUUCCCAUGAUGGACAGGAACAAGUCAGCCGAUCUUCCGAAACUACAAUGUGGUUUCAUUGACUUUGUCUGCACGUUUGUCUACAAGGAGUUCUCUCGCUUCCACCCACAAAUCCAGCCCAUGCUGGACGGCAUCCUCAACAACAGAAAGGAGUGGAACGCUAGGAAAGAGGAGUAUGAAGCCAAACUCAAAGCUAUGGAGGAAGAGAAGGCUGCGGCUGCACCCAGUAAAGCUACUGCAAACAACCCCGGUGGUGGAGGCUCCAAGACCUGCUCCGUGUGCUAGAAGGUCAAACAAAAAUGGAAGAAACUGUGCAGCUCAUUACAGACUGACUUCAGCUUCACCUUCUAUCAGUUUCAGCUCUAGGAAACCCAAUGCAGAGAGUCAGCAAGACUUGAGUGAGUGUAAAAGCCCAAUAAUAUUUAUUCAGAAUUAGACUUCUGAUCGGAAAUGACAAAGCUGAACAAGGAGAGAAUCCUCCCCGGGAUGAGCAGUGUUUUAUUUUGAAGGAAAAGUAAGCAAAUGAGCCACAAAAAUAAAAAAAAUAAAAAAAGUUCACUUCAAAUUGAAAUGUGAAUCAAGAGUUGAGGUGGAUUUUGAAUCUUGAGUUCCCUCUCAUAACGUUUCCUGAUGUUUUAGGAUAAAGUAGAAGUUAUGUAAGCGUGAACCUUCCAGGCCAAUUCACUGUAGACUGUUUAUCUUGUUGGUUUCGAGCACACUGUCCAGUAAUGUAAUGUUCAUUGAGUUCAGAUUUUUCUGAAUCUUAGUCCAGAUCCUGGCUAGAUAGAACUUUUAUUAAACUACUGUACAUAUAUUGCAAAAUGAUGAGGUCACGUUCCCUCCUUCCAGUCACCUAUCAUUUACAAAAUGAGAGUUUGUUUACCUUGAUCGCAGAGAGCCAAAGGUAGAGGGGGAGCUCAGGGCUGCUCAGCUCUCCAAUGCUUCAUAAAAAUGUCAUAGUUUAGUUUAACUUUACCGUCAGCAAACAAGCCUGUAGCUGCUUUCUCAUGAUGCCUUCUUACUGUACAUACAUCUGAAAGGAUAGCAGUUAUUUUAUGGAUAUAGA